AUGGCGACGACGGCGCGGCUCUGGAAGAAGCUCGCGGCGGCGCAGGUGACGAAGACGACGCCGCGCGUCGUCAGCAGCGGCCAGGGCGCCUACCUGACGAUUGGUGGCAAAGACUACCUCAACUUCUGCUCGUCGCACUACCUGGGCUUCGCCGAGGAGCCGCGGCUGAAGAAGGCGGCCCAGGACGCCAUCGAGAAGUACGGCCUCGGCACGGGCUACCGCACUUUGAGCGGCACGCACGCGAGCCACGUCGCGCUCGAGAAGGCCAUCGCCGAGUUCAAGGGCACGGAGGCGGCCGUCUGCUUCACGAGCGCCUACGCGGCCAACGCGUCCGCCGUCCAGACGCUGCUGGGCAAGGACGACAUCGUCGUCAGCGACCAGCUCAACCACGCGUCCAUCAUCGACGCCGUCCGCGUCGCGGGCGUCAAGAACAAGUUCGCCUACAAGCACAGCGACAUGGGCGACCUCGAGGCCAAGUUACAAUUGGCCCAGGAGCUCCAGAAGACGCCCAAGCCCGACGGCGAGCACCCGCUGAUCCUCAUCAUCACGGACGGCGUCUUCAGCAUGGACGGCGACCUGGCGAAGCUCCCGGAGAUCGUCGAUCUAGCGAAACAGUACGACGCGCUGACCAUGGUCGACGACGCCCACGGCGAGGGCGUGCUGGGCGCGGGCGGCCGCGGCGUCGUGAACCACUUUGGGCUCGAGGGCGAGGUCGACAUCGAGAUCGGCUCGCUCUCGAAGGCCUUCUCGGUCAUGGGCGGCUUCGUCGCCGCGAAGCAGCCGCUCAUCGACCACUACCUCAUGAACGCGCGCCAGCGCCUCAUGUCCAUCGCCCUCACGAUCCCCGACACGGCGGCCCUCCUCGAGGCCGUGUCCAUGCUCGGCGAGUCCACGACGCUCGUCGACAAGCUGUGGGGGAACGUCGACUACCUCAAGAAGGGCUUCGUCGACCUCGGCUUCGACAUCGGCCACAGCGAGACGCCCAUCAUCCCCGUCAUGAUCGGCGACGAGGACAAGGCCCGCGCCUUCUCCCAGCGCCUCUUCGAGGAGGGCGUCUUCGCGUCGCCCAUCGUCUUCCCCAUGGUGCCCCGCGGCACGGCCCGCGUCCGCGUCAUCGUCUCCGCGUCCUUCUCCCAGGACGACUGCGACGCGGGCCUCGCCGCCUUCAAGAAGGUCAACGAGGAGCUCAACGCCACCGCCGCGGCCGCCUAG